UAAUUACAACAAAUUAAUUUCAAUUGUGAUUUGAAACAUGGCAUCAACUAUUGGAAUGGUGUUGCUCAUGAUGAUAAUGGUGUCCUUAACUUCUCUAGCAAGUGCAUUAAGUGUGAAUUACUAUGAACAUACAUGUCCUCAGGUAGAAUCCAUCGUGGCUGGUGCAGUACACAAAGCAACCAUGAAUGACAAAACAGUUCCAUCAGCUCUGCUUCGCAUGCAUUUUCAUGAUUGCUUCGUAAGGGGGUGUGAUGGGUCUGUUCUGUUGAAAACAAAGGGAAAGAAUAAAGCAGAAAAGGAUGGACCUCCAAACAUAUCAUUGCAUGCAUUUUAUGUAAUUGAUAAUGCUAAGAAAGCAUUGGAAGCAGUUUGUCCAGGGGUCGUGUCUUGUGCUGAUAUUUUGGCUCUUGCUGCUAGAGACGCUGUCACUCUGUCCGGAGGGCCAAAUUGGGAAGUACCAAAAGGAAGAAAGGAUGGUAUAAUCUCAAAGGCUACUGAAACGAGACAAUUGCCAGCUCCCACUUUCAACAUCUCCCAAUUACAACAAAGCUUCUCUCAAAGAGGACUUUCCUUGCAAGAUCUCGUUGCCCUCUCAGGAGGUCACACCCUUGGUUUUGCACAUUGUUCAUCCUUCCAAAAUAGAAUCCAUAAAUUCAGCCCUAAACAAGCUGUUGACCCUUCCUUAAACCCAUCAUUUGCAAGCAACCUCCAAAGCAAAUGUCACAUUAAAAACAAGGUGAAAAAUUCAGGGUCCCCAUUGGACUCAACUGCCACAUAUUUUGACAAUGCUUAUUACAAACUACUACUUCAAGGAAAAAGCAUACUCUCUUCUGAUCAAGCUCUACUUACUCAUCCAACCACUAAAGCAUUGGUUUCCAAAUAUGCUCAUUCCCAAAUGGAAUUUGAAAGAGCUUUUGUUAAAUCCAUGAUCAAAAUGAGUAGCAUCACCAAUGGUGGAAAACAGAUCAGGCUCCAAUGUAAUCUCGUUAGAUGAUCUCUAUAUAUAUGUUGUAUUUAAAUGGAGAAAAAAAAAAAAAAA